AUGGCGACAGGAACUUACAGGGCUGUCAUGUGCGAGAAGAUCUCCGCGUCUGCGUCCGAAGGUAUUGAGGCAACGGUUCUGCGCGAGCUUCCUCGCAAAGCGCAGUUGGGCGAUCAGGAGGUCCGCAUUUCUGCCAGAGCGGCUUCCCUAAACUUUCCCGAGCUGCUGAUGAUGCAGAACAAGUACCAAUACAAGCCCAAGUUGCCCUUCGUACUGUGCACUGAAGGCGCGGGCGUUGUGGCAGAGACCGGGUCCAAGGUCAGUGGCUUGUCUGUGGGCGACAAGGUCUUCUAUGCCACCAUGGGAGGCUGUGCUGCAGAAGAGCUCGUGCUGCCGGCACAGAUGUGCAUCAAGAUGCCGGACACGCUCUCCUUCAGCCAAGGGGCGAGCUUUCACAUGGGCUACAUGACAGGCUACCAUGGCCUCGUCACCCGAGGGCGGCUGAAAGCCGGAGAGUGGCUGCUGGUCACCGGGGCCGGGGGCGGCAUGGGCUCCAUGGCCGUGGAGUUGGGCAAAGCCGUCGGCGCGAAAGCGGGGCGGCCCGGCCCGACUGCGGCAGUGAGAACGCACUCUGUAGAGCACACCUGGGCCAUGUUGUCCUCCGUGGCCGGGGCGUUGAUCGGUGCUGUCGUCGGCUGGGCUCUUGCCAGCCUCCAGAAGACGGCGAGGCCCGCUCGGCCGCAGGACUAUCCAGAGUUCCAGGGCUUGGCUGCGCUGCAGAAGAGCUUGUGGACGGAGACCUCCAAGGAGACGGCCUUGCAAGAUGGUGCCAAGAACCGCGAGCGAUUGCGUGCAGCCAAGGUCUUGGGGAAGGCCUGGCCGGUGCAGAUGCAUUGCAGAGGAGCGGAUCUCAGCGGGAAAGCGCCGACCUCCGGAAAGCUUCUGCACUUCAUCCGCCACGGCCAGGGCUUCCACAACUCCUUGAAUGACUUCUGCAAAGUCUACCAUGUGAAGGCGAAGCCCUACAACAUCCCGGAGGUCUUCGACCCUCCACUGACGGAGAUCGGAAGGCUGCAGGCGAAGGUGCUGCAGAGCCGGGCGCGGGAGACGAAGGCCGAGCUGGUGGUCGUCUCACCGAUGUCCCGCGCCUUGAUGACCUCGAACAUCGCUUUCGCCCACUGCAUUGGCCACAUCCCCUUCAUUGCGCACGAGUCGUGCAAGGAGAAGAGCCACGGCAACUCUUGCGACUACCGGCGAUCGGCGAGCGAUGCUAAGCAGGACUUUCCCAACGUGGAUUUCUCGUUGAUACCAGAGGAGGAUCCCCUGCUUUCGACUUUGCACAUGGAGAGUGACUUGGAAGUCGCCGAGCGGGCCUACGACUUCAUGCUCUGGAUUCGCAAUCGUUCUGAGACGGAGAUCGUGGUCUCCACUCACUCAGCCUGGCUCUUCAGCCUCUUCAAUGCCGUUCUGAAGUGCGAUGAUCCGGCGCUCUCCGAGUGGUUCCUCCUGAAGCUCGCGAGCGCGGCCCCGUUUCGACACCUCCGGCCCCGGUUUCGGGCCUCCGACCACUCCGACCAGGUCAUUGCGGCAGCGAGCUCCGACGACAAGCUGGAAAUGUGCAAGAAGUUGGGAGCAGACUAUGUGGUGAAUUACAGCAAGCAGAAAUUGAAAGACGCAGUUGGAGAGAUAACCAAAGGCGAGUUUUGUGAUGUGAUCUACGACCCGGUCGGAGGUGAGAUCUUUGACCAGUGUGUGAGGUGUGUGACACCGAAGGGCUACGCGCGGCUGCUCGUCGUCGGCUUCGCGUCUGGGACCAUCCCAAAGUUCGGAAUCAACAUGGCUCUGAUCAAGGGCUUUGACCUGGUGGGCGUCCGAUCUGGCGCCCAACUGGGCCUCGAGCUGAGAGGGCCAUGCAGACAACAGAGGGCGGCGAGGUGGGUGCGGGGGGGGGUGGUUUCAGGUUAA